AGUUGGAUAAGCCGGUUCAAUACAGUUUUCGUAAUUUUUUUUAAGAUUCUGAGAUAAAGAGAAAUCUAAGUGGAGAAAUGAUCAUUUUUCUGAGCGUAGUUCCCUUUUUAUUGGUUAUCAGUGGGUGCGAUGCGGCUGGCGGUGGUUGCAUUAGUGGUGGCUGCUUUGGACCAGCCAAAGAGAAAGAGGUAGUAAGCAUCGAUGAUUUUCAUUAUACCGGAGAUCCAGUUACAUUUGCUUGCAUUAGCUCGUCAUCUCAAACUGCAUUCUUUGUGGCUGAAGCCAAUAGCAAGAUACCAGUGCACUUAGUUGGAAGAUUAGACAAUGGGAAAGGCAUGUCACUGUUUUUCUUGGGCAUUGGAAAUGUGGUUAGCCUUAAAAAUGGUCUACUUUUUGAUUUUGCAAAUGAAUGGUUCACCGUGUCUGGAAAUAAUGUUUGUUUCAUAUCGUAUGCUUUUAAAAAAACUCCUUCGAGUGGAUUGUUCAACGAUUUAGACAAAAUGGUGACCACCAGACGGUUUGAGUAUGUGGCAAAGUUGGCACGUGAUUUGAUCACGGGCAUAAUAGAAAAGGGUGCAACGCGAAAUUUCAGUCUAAAAAGCAUGUCACAGGUUGAUGUGAGUGGUUUUAGUUUUGGUGCACAUAUUGCUGGACGAACUUGUCAAUACUUAGAAGAAAAAACCGGCGAAAAAGUUCGAAUGUUAUUGGCUUUGGAUCCAUCAAAAACACCUCCAAUAUUAGUGUCGAAACCAUUGAAUACGAUCAAAAAAGGGCACGCAAAAUAUGUUCAAGUGAUUCAUACGUCAAAAGUGGCCGGACAAUGGGAUCGACUUGGUGACAUUGAUGUGUACGUUCGAUUUCAACCGGAAACGUCAUUUUUCCGUGCCAUUGACGAUAAGCAUUCAUUGAGCUUUUUUAUACAUGUUGCAACAGCAACCAAACGACUUUAUCUCGUUGCUGACCAAAAUGAAAAGGGAAAGGGUACAGUAAUAGCCACUGAACCAAUGCCAAAGGCCAACGAAUGUCUAGUUGGUAUUUAUGGGAAUUUCGAUUCAAAUAUUCCCGGUGGAAAAUAUGUAAUUUCAUUGAAAAAUCAGUCGGAUGUGUUUUGGGCAGCUCUUGGUAAAUUAUCAAAUAACCGAAUCUUUUUUUAAAAAACCAUGGCAGCAGAUCUUGUGAGCGCUUCGAAAAAAUAAUUGAAAUCAUCACGAUUUAAACGGUUCAUAGCAAUAAAAAUUGAAAUGAAUGAAAACAA